AUGAGCGCAUCAACAGCAAAGAGCAAGCGAGGCCCAACGGUGCUCAUGACGGACUCGCGCGAUGCUCAACCACGCGCACCACAACGCCCGUCGGCUGGACAAAGACAAGCCACAGGCGCAAAACUGAUUUCAGUCGACAACAUCCUCCAAUACGCCUCGGACAUUCCUUCCCAGCAGCGACGCGGCCCGCCUGGCCACCGACCGAUGAUGCAUAAUCGCACGCCCAGCGGCAGACACCCACUCGACCCCAAGCUCUCCGGCCGCAUCAUACCGCAGCACGUGCCUACGCGAUCGAGCAAGCUGAGCGAGAAGCUUGUUCUGCUGCCCGAGACAGCCGAGGAGGACGAGGACGAGAAGGGCGACUUUGACGAGGAUGAGCACGGGGGGCCGCCUACCGAUGACGAGCUGGCGAGGAGGACGGCGAAAGGAGGCCCCUCGGACAAGAGUUACGCGGAGCGGCUGCCCAAAGCUAGGAGAACGGACAAGCUCUCACGCGUUACUGCCUAUUGUACUGCACAAGCAUACAAGAUGAAGAGCACGGCCGAGUUUGUUAAAGAGCAGCACAACGCCAAGACGAAGCUGUACGACGACUGCUUGUAUACCGUCUACCACCUCCCUCUCCUCCCGGGCAGCGAUGGUUACAGGGUUCGCAGCAGUCCUGCGUUGAAGAGCCCGGGCGGGAAGACGGUUCUCGAUGAGGAGAUUGAGCGCAACGAGCAGCGCGAUCACCACGAGGGAUAUUUUGGCGACGAGGAGACAUACUUUGUCCGCAGCGACGACCUUGCCCCCGAAAUGGACGACUACGACGGCCAGCAUGAUCGUCGCGAUUCGUCCGACAACUCACGCGUCGCACCCAACGCUCUCACCUUUGGAGAGAUGUUCGUCUUCUCCUACGGCGUGGCCGUGUUCUGGAACUUCACCGAGAAGCAGGAAAAAGACAUCCUCGCCGACCUCACCUUUUCCUCGACAGCAACAGGCGUCUCACUCGCCACUAGACCCCUGACGGAAAGCGACUUUGAAACCGAGGAAUUCCACUUUGAAUACAAUGCCGACAUCACCAGACCGCGCGUGUACAACGAUAUGAUCACGCUGAAGAGCGGCGACCACAUGAUCAAACUAGCCAUGAGCCACGGCAUCGCGCAGAGCACAAAACUGAGUCUCUUCGAAGAGGGCAUGAGCCGCACCAUGUUGGCAGCGCAGUACGUGCCCAAGCGCCUCGCCCUGACGGGAAAGCUCGGCAUGCGACGAACAGACGUGGUUAAGAUGAUCGGCCAGCUCUUCACAAGUCGCGUGGACGUCAAUCUCUCAUCCAACAUGCUCGACACCCCCAACUUCUUCUGGGACUCGGAACCCACGCUGCACCCCCUCUACACCGCCGUCCGCGAAUACCUCGAGAUAAAACCGCGCAUCCAGGUCCUCAACGAGCGCUGCCAGGUCUUCCUCGACCUCGGCGAAAUCCUCAGCGACUCCAUUAGCGAUAAGAAAAUGACGCGUAUUACUUGGAUCAUUAUUUUCCUCAUUGUUAUUAGUAUUUGUAUCACGUGUUUUGAGGUGCUGCUUAGAUUUGCGAUUUUGACGGCGAAGGGGAGGGGGGGUGGCGGGGCGGGCGUUGAGUGUGGUGUUGAUGUGUUGGGGGUUGUGGGUGCGAGGGGGAGGGGGGGGUUAAGGGGGUAUGCGGGACCGAGUUUGUUGGCGGCGAGGGUGCUGGUUUGGGUUGGGGGUGGGGUUAAGGGGGUGUUUGCGUAG